AUGGUAUGCCUGUACGAAUUACUCGGCGUUGAUCGCACAUCUUCUCAAAAGGAAAUAGCAAAAGCUUAUCGUUUGUUGGCAAUUAAGCACCACCCUGAUAAGAUAACAAAUUGUAACGAAGAUGAGAAGGCUAAACAUAAGGAACAUUUUAUACAAUUGACUAAAGCAUAUGAUGUACUUAAGGACAGUGAAAGGAGAUGCCAUUAUGACAAAUAUGGUUGGACAGGAGAAGGAGGUGAUCUGUUGGAGGCUGCGUUUGAAUUUUAUUGCAAGAAACCGCCAGUGUCUAAAUCAGAUAUCCAAAGCUACAAAAUGAAAUAUGUAAAUGGGAAAGAAGAGGAGGAAGAUAUCAUAAACUUUUACAACAAGUAUAAUGGAGAUUUAACUAAAAUAUUGGAGCAUAUACCUUUUUCAGAACCCGAUGAUUUAUCUAGAUUCGUAGACAUUUCUAAAAAGUUAAUAAAAAAUAAAGUAUUAGAGGAAACAAAUGAAUUUAAAAGGAGUACUUCCAAAGACUCCUUGAAUGGCAUCGCUAGAAAGUAUUCCAGAAGUAAAAAAAAGAAAGUGAGUGACAAGUCUUUUGAUGAUCUAGUGGCACAAAUUAAAAGCAGAAGACUCAACUCUGCCAGAGAAAGUAGUUUCAAUAGUCUAAUUAGCAGAAUAGAGGAUGCGUAUAAACACAAGUAA